UCUGUGCCUUCAUCAUUGUUGCUUCACCACAGCGUGACCCACAGCAUCAAGAAUCCUCCAGGCAUUUACUCUUGGCAACACACACAGCCAAGCAGAAUGGUCAAGCUCAGCACUUCGGAUGGCGAAGAGUUCACCGUCGAGAGGGACGUGGCGGAACGAUCAGUUCUGAUCAAGCAGAUGCUCGAAGAUAUUGGAGAAUCAGACCAAGCGAUUCCUCUGCCCAAUGUCUCUUCGCAGGUUCUCAAGAAGGUCCUGGAGUACUGCGAGCACCACCGCGCCGACCCAACGCCGACUGUCGAGGAGGCUGAGGAGUCGCGCAAGCGUGUGACCGACAUUGGCGAGUGGGACCAGAAGUUCAUCAACGUCGACCAGGAGAUGCUGUUCGAGAUUAUCCUCGCCGCCAACUACCUCGACAUCAAACCCCUGCUCGACGUCGGCUGCAAGACUGUCGCGCUCAUGAUUAAGGGCAAGACGCCAGACGAGAUUCGCAAGCUUUUUAACAUCCAGAACGACUUUACACCCGAGGAGGAGGAACAGAUCAAGAAGGAGAAUGAGUGGGCGGAGGACCGCUGAGCGCAACAAGGCGGCGUACCUAUGGGUCGCAGAUCAAACCAGCUGGUAUUGCGGAGCUCUUAAUACAGCCCUGGAAUUUCGCUGGUAGGCAAUGCACUUUGUGUCACCGCUUCAGCAUAUGGCGCAAGUGUGCAUCAAAUUCUGCGCCACAAGGCCUUUCGCACUGCAUUCAAGAAAUAUUCCGUUGCCAACAGAAAUCGCAACCCUGUAUCUUUAGCUUGUGUCUCUGUAACAUGAUGUUGCAGCCGGCAGCUCAGCUGCCCUGCACAGCGU